AUGGAAGGAACGACCGCCCAGCUUGUGUCCAUCGUCGGGCAGCUGGUGGGUAGGGAGUACCGGCAGCUCCGCGGCGUGAGUGCCCAGGUGGCUGAGCUCAGCGACGAGCUGGAAACCAUGAAAGCCAUCCUCCGCAUGCUGUCCGAAGCAGAAGAGGGCGCCGUGGACCACUUCAUCCGGGUGUGGAUGAAGCAGGUGCGCGAGCUCGCCUAUGACGCCGAGGACUGCGUGCACCUCUACAUCUUCCGCAUCCGGUGCCGGUCCAGAGACCGCUUCCUCGUAUGGUCGAAACACAUGCUGGGUACGCUUUCUUCUCGCCGCCAGCUUGCUUUGGAGAUCAAGGCACUCCGCGCCCGUGCUGUCGUGAUCAGCGAGCGCCAGGAACGUUACGGGCUCAGCCGUGAGGUGCUGAGCCGCUCUACUUCUCCUUCCGCUUCCACGCCUGUGCUCGGCCAUGCGCUCAGGCAGGUGCCAAACGGCCCUGACCAUCUAGUCGGCAUCACGGAGAAGGCUACCAGACUGGCCGCCAAGGUGAAGGCGGUGACUGACAAUGACAUGACGCUCAAGGUUUUCUCCGUCGUGGGAUUCGGCGGGCUCGGGAAGACUACGCUGGCGAUGGAGGUGUGCCGGCAGUUGGAGGCCGACUUCCAAGGCCAAGCUCAAGUGUCUGUGUCCCAGGCGUUCCGCGACAUGAAAGAUUUGGAGGGAUUACUGAAGCCCAUACUUCUUCAAAUCGUCAAGCCACGAAAGAUAGGCAUCGACGACGACGACGAUGAACAAGAUCCACCGGACGAUGACAUCGACAGCAUGCGUGUAGACAAGCUUACCGACAAGCUCAAGGAGGUUCUCGAGGACAUGAGGUAA